AUGAUAACUUUACUGCUGAGCAUUGCUGCCAACAGAGUCAUGUUAGAAUUUAUUCUAGGAAAUUUGGCCAAUGGCUUCAUAGUGCUGGUGAACUGCAUUGACUGGGCCAGGAGACAAAGGUUCUCCUCAGUGGAUGUUCUCCUUACUGCUCUGGCGGUUUCCAGAAUUGGUUUGCUCUGGGACCUAUUCACGCUGGCAAACUUCACACCCUUUACUAUGUCCCUGGUGUCUUUUCUGCUGUUAAUCUUCUCCCUGUGGAAACAUCUCAAGAGGAUGCAGCUCAGGCACAAAGGGUAUGAAGACCCCAGCACCAGGAUCCGCAUCAGAUCCGUACAGACCAUGGUCUCCUUUCUCCUGCUAUUGGCCAGUUACUUCUUGGUUGUCAUCUUCACAUGGGGAAACAAGAAGCUAAAGCAGGCCUGUGUGUCAUUUCUGAGGCAGCUGAGGUACUGGCUGAAGGAAAGGAAGUGGGUGGGAGUUCCUGAGUCUAUGGGCAGAAAAUGA